AUGCCCACUGCAUCACGAAGUCCAAGCAAGGGCGCGAGAGGAGGUGGCGAGUCGGCCACGCGGCGAAGGGCCUACCAGCAAGCAGAGAGCCUCUCUUUCGGGGAUGGCAGUAGUCGCUGGCUUGAUACCAAGUUUUUCAUCCAAGUCGAGCACUGCGGUGGUACGCCGGCUUCUGCCGCGUUCUCUGUGCGCCUGGAAGAGGACUUGUACCAGAAGAAGGCACAAGCACUCAAGCAGGACCUCGACGAGUUCUUCGAAGGAUCUAUUGAAGUGGUACUGGUAGAGGUGCCCACGCUCUAUGCCCUAGAGGUGCGGGUCAUGCGGGACAAGCAUCACCCACGUCACGGCUCUGCAGUUUUCGGGGAGGAGGCCUGUGCCCAGGGGGCCAAGACGCUCUUCUCCAAGGUGGCCUCGAAGAAGUGGCCUAGAAUCGAUGAUCUCUGUGCUCAACUUCAGGAGUUCACCCGCAUUCCUGUGAGCAUGCGUGUGCUUUGCACGGAGCUGCCUCCGGGGGUAGAGGCGGCACCCAUCCCGGGAGCAGAAAAUGGCAUGGGUGACCCACUGUUUCCGUUAGAGAACUUGACGUUGAAGGUGUUCCACAGCACUGGCGCGGAGCAUCGCUGCAGCACCGAUGAGGAGGGCCGGGCAAUGGAGGUAUUAUUCCCUGGGAAGUUCAGCUGCGUUUGCGACCCGGGAUGCCACUACGAUAGGCUGGACCCGGGCGAGAUCGAAGUUCCAUCCCUGUUUCGGCCUUUGCAGCUUGUCCUUUUGGCGAAGAUGAAGAAAGCUUGCAGCUUCAAGGUCGUAGAUCAUCUUGACAAGCCCUUCCGCAACUUUCCGCUGAAAAUCACGCGACGCAAGCGCACUUUGGGAGCCGAGCCCGUUGAGCUCGUCACCAAGGGCCACGGCCGCGUGAAAGGCCGCCUGGGCGUGGGUCUGCACAUCGCCUCUUAUGGUGGCUCCGAAGAGUUUUCACCGGUGGAGCCAUUGGCUCAGGAUCUGGAAGUCUUGGACAUUGACGGCCAGCAGAGCUUCCGCAUUUGUGUCCAGCGUUGUCGAUUUCUCUGCGAGAUCGCCCUUCAUACUCGGUUUAACGAGCCGGCAAGGGGAUGCCCCUUUGUGGUGAGGUCUGGUCGAAAGCGAAUGCAGACACCCAUCGCCACGGGCAUUACCUCAAGCACAGGCAUGGCAAGAGUAGAGCUACCUCCUGGAAAGCUGAUUUUCGCACUGGAGCCGGAGGGCGAGUCCCCGUAUGUGCCGAUGCAGUUCGAGCUGCAGGUGGGUGAGACGGGGGGCUUCGAACCUAGGUCUCACAAAGUUGAGACGAAGUCGGUGAAUGUGAACCUGAGCCUCAUGACGCCCUACGGAGAGCCGGCCCCUUUCUGCGACUUCGAGCUCCGUGCCUGCUUCAGAGAGGAUGGGACGCUGGCCGAAGAGGGGGGGAUGAGCUUCUGCAGUGAUGAGCAAGGCCAGGUGUUGGUGGCUUUGGAGCUGCUUGAGCCUUUUGUCUUCUCGGUGAAGCCAUCCGGCAGUGGUUCAGAGUACAUCCCACAGGACAUCUCUUUCCUCACCGACCGCCAGUCUCUGACCAUCGUUGUUGUCAGGUCGCUGCUUGGCAAGAUCGCCGAGGACAGUGUUGUGUUUGUCGUAGAUACCUCUGGAUCCAUGCAGGCAUACUUGGAUGAUGUUACGAGUGCUGUAAACUUGGCCUUGAUACAACAGUUUCACAAGACUGGGCGGCGCUUCAAUAUCCUAACAUUCACCGACUACCAGGUGGAGUUUCAGGACGACCUCGUGGAUGCGACGCCCAAAAACGUGGAAGCUGCCAUGCAGUUCUGUCAGCACGCACAGGCUGGAGGCAUCAGCAACCUCAGUGCUGCUUUGCGCUUAGCUUUCGCCUACAAGCGUGCCGAAGCCAUAUAUCUUAUUACAGAUGGGGAGUCGGAUGUAACGGAAGAUCUUUUGACGCAAGUGCAGGUUCAGUAUUUGAGCCACCCGAUGAGGCCGCGACUGCACACAGUCGGCAUCAACUGUGCGCCGGGCGGCGCCAGAAACAGGGGCUUGCAAAAGCUGGCACAGCUGACUUCGGGAUACUUUCGAGCGCCUUGCCUAGAGCAGGACACCGGUGAAACACUGCUGCCAGGGGUGUCAAAACACGACAAAGUCAAGGGUCUCGAUCUGAUGGACGCCCAGUUCGCCACUACGAACCAGGACACAGGCGAUCUUUUGCCACGGGGCGGCAGGCCCAAAGAUGCCAAUGCUGGGGAUGCCUCUUCUGUAACGACCGGUGAGGACUCAAAUGCGAAUGCUGAUGAGGGAAGCGAGACGGAGGAGGUUCGGCCAAAGGUUGAGACCAUGUUUCGCAUAGUUGGCUUCAGGGACCCUGGAGUUAUGGCGCACGAUGCCGGCCUGCAGGAGCUCAGUAACUUUGUACAGCAAGCAUUGGGACUUUCUGUGGCUGAAACUGCCACCGAGGCUGAACCUGACUUUCGGGGUCUCGGCUCCCGCGGAUAUUCUGUGAUCCACGGUCGACGCAGCUGUAUGGGCAGUCGUGAGCCUUACCACGCAACGACGAUGCGAAAUCUCACUCAAAAGGAGAGAGAUUUCCUUUUUGCGAUGCGUGCCCGGGACGACGUGGCAGAGGAGCAUGUCCUCGAUGUGGGAAUAUCCCGCGCUGCAGGGCAAAAGCUGCUACAUGCCUGUUCCCUCGUCGUGGAGGAUGCCAGCGCUGAUCCGGUCUGGCUACAGCUGCCAGGCCGCAGCCAUCAAAUGCCGGCCAUGAGGUGGGUGAACUCUGCCUCGAGCAUCGUGUCAGAGAAGAUCCAGUACACCCCAGCGGACAUGCCCUUCAUGGCCGGCUUGACGCUGGCAGAGUUUGAGCUCCUGGUUCCGCGAGGGCAUGUCCGCUACAAGCAGCCCGGCCUGCCUGCGACGACUCUGCAUCGGCAUUGCCGAAACGAGAUAGAUCCGCCGCUGCCCGAGGUGUUGCGAAGAACGCCCCUCUAUGUGGCGGCGGCCACCGUUGGGAUCACCUGCCGGGUUGGCGUCAUCGCGCACCCUGAAGGUUUCAGGAUAGUCCUCACGGACUGUGACGAAGUGGCGCGGGAGCUACUGGUUCCUUUUCAAGCAGCUGCCGGCAGCUUCAGCGGCGAGCCGUGGCAACAUGGCCGCAGCAUCCGCACAAACUCGGAGAGCCACGGCUCCGACAGCCUCAGGAGCGCCCUCCAGGAUGCGGUAAGCCAGUGGGUCCAGGAUGCAGAUGCCCGGGGAGUUCCACACUGGGAGCUCCUGUGGGUGACGCCUGCUCCUGCCAAUUACCUCCUUGCCUGCUUGGAGCCUGCCCUGCGCUGGCCGCCUCAGCCCGACAGCGUAAUGGUCGCUGCCAAAGCGGAGAUUGUCCUGAGCCAAGCAGCUUUUUCCGCCGCCCUGCGGCAGGCACUGAAGGAUGCGAAGCGAGACAACAGCUUGCGGCCGUCGCGCGCUGCGACGGUUUUCACGGAGAUCACUCAGGAAGACGACUCUCCGGGACCAAGACGGAGCAAGACGACUUCGGAAGACGCGCCACAUCUCUGGACCAUGGAGUCUGAGCUGGACUUGGAGCGUUCGCCUUCCACGGAUGAGCUCCAGGAGGAACUUUCCACCGAACGAGCUCCCAAGGUUCGCCAUGCCUCUUCCUUGGCGAACUGGGCUCCGACGUUGGAGGAAGUGGUGCCCGUCAUUGACACGCAUGACCCCUCGCGGCAGCAGCGCUACAUAGCCAAGCUCCAGGACAGCCUGGCCGAAGAGUUGGCCAUCGCCAUGGAUGUAGACCCCGAGGACGUCAUUGUGUCGAGCAUCGAGGAAGAUGAGAAUGGCAACUGGAAAGCCAUCUUCUCGGCCAAUGCUACGAAGUUGCGACUACAGGGCUUUCUGGCAUUGAUUCCCCUCUGCGCGGCCUUCAGCAGACCGAAGUUCCAGCUGGAGGCGUCCAAGUUCGCAGCAGAUGGGCGCGCAGAUGGUGCAAGGGAAGACCUAACUCCGGACGAGAAGCCCAUCGACAGGCCGUUGCAGCAGUGGCCGGAUUGGAAGCGCUCGCACGAACACAUUUGCAGCUUGUUUCCUGGUCUCUUGUGCGCGGAUGCUCUUGCGCCAGCCUUCAAGGUCUCCAGCAUGGCCACACUAGACUUACGGGAGGACAUGCUCGGCAUCGGCUCGGGCUGGUUCGUCCUGGCCGUCCUCCCCUGCGCAGCCCGGGGACUCUUCGGUCUCGCUUGCAACCAGGGAGCCCCAAAAGACAGAGUCGACAGAGCUAUUGCAGUGGCACCUUCUAGGGAGGUUUCGUUUAUCGAUUGGUGGAGCUGCGGCCCACAGAUCACGAUGGCAUCGCUGAAAGUCUUCCUCACAGCUCUGCUUCUGCUCGAGCUGUUGGGCUUGCAGGCGCCGCAGACGAACGUCUUUGCCCUGCCUGAGACUAUCCGGCGAGUACGGGCUCACCCCUAUGGUAGGACGCCGGAGCUAGGCUUUCAGUCAGGCUUCACCAGUGGCGACACAGGCCUGAUGCCCCGGCUGACGUAUCUUUUCAUGCCAAGCUUGAACGAUCAAACGGCAGACAGCUAUGCCAGAGUCUUCUCGAUCCUGCGGACGUCGAUGCUGGUGUCCUGGUGUGCUUUCCUUGCCCUGCCAGGCGCUUGGACGGCCUCGUGGGGCUGCUUUCUUUGGGGAGUUCUGGUCUACGUGGUCAUGGCUGCUUUGGGAACGAUGUUCCUGCCAGUUUCCGUGUCUCUUUGCACCUGCUAUUUCCUGAUGGCGGCAGCCUGCGUCUUGCCUUCCCUGGAGAAGAGCCCCAGGGCACGGGGCUGGCUUGGCAUGUUUCUCAUGAACAGCUCUCUCGUUCCGUUCUAUUUGUCUUCCGGGCUGUCAAAGCUCCGGUAUGGAGGCUUCGGCGCCAUGCUGUCUGGCAGCUGGAUGAAGCAUGCAUUGCACAUGGGUUUAGCAAGGUCAGCCCUUCCCGGCUUCACUGCAUGGCUCCAGAAGACUCCUGUGGCCAUGGCCAUCAUGUCUCUCGGUGUGAACCUGGUGGAGUUCUUGCUUCCUGUGUCGCUGCUCUUUCUCGCCAGUUCCAGCUCUGAUCUUGCCCUCUGGUUACGAUCUUCCUGGAUCUUGUUGACGACAUUCUUUCACAUCACCACCAUCGUGGUCGUCGGUCCGAAUUUCUCCCGCCAACUUCCGCUGUUGAUGAUGCUUCUACACGCCUGCUGGCAUCCGGUUAGGCGUACCGAUGCAGAAGCAAUAGAACCAGGACAGAUGAAAUCUUGGCGAUGCAGGGUUGGCUUUGCAACUGUGCUGCUGGCUUUAUGGAUAUGCAACCAGUUAUGGUCAGACAUCGACCAUCUGCGAGGUGCAACACCCCACGAUUCUCAUCACGACAUGCAAUGGCCAAUACCGGAAAUGUCAAUGUUCGUCUUCCCUUCCGCAUCGACCAACUACCUCCUCUCGUUGUGCCUGGAUAUUGCUAUUGUGGUGGGGCUCUCCUCCAAGAUCUACUCAGAAAUUUCACAAACCUCCUCAGGUGUCAAGAGUGAGCAGCUGUGA